AUGUUGCCCAAUGUCCCACCCAAGCCACUGAUGGAGCAAGUUUUGGAUCACGAUAAGCUGGAAUACCCACUUGUGCCUACAAGUGUGACACAGAAGCUGAAGUUUCCUUCAGAACUGCCUGAGUAUUUUAACGAGCUGAGCACGUCUAAACUCCAGGAACUGGCCAGGUCGCCUGAGUUGCUUCAGAGCUAUCUAUACAAAACAUCCAAUUUUGACCAACUGGGCACAGAGAUUGUGGAAGCGCUGCAAAAACAGAUAGAGUACUCCACCAAACUGCUGAAAAACGUGAAAGAGGAUAUUGUGCCACAGACACACCAGAUCGACAAACAGUUGGAGCAGUUUCACGAGAAGCUGAAGAAAUUCGGCCAAUUGCAGGUCCGCAUGUACGACCUGCUGAAUAGGUACUCGAGAGAGUCUAUCAUACGGGCUGUGGAGCGCAGCGUUAACGAGAAAGACAGGGAAACCAAGUCUCUUGUGGACCAGAUCCGUUCGUCACCAGCUGAGAUCGACGAAGCACAACUGGCCGUCAAGAGUACUAUCUGA